AUGGGUGACCGCGAAAGCCUUGCCGUCCGAAGCAAUGAUGCACCUCGCCAACUCCAUCUCACAGCAUUCAUGCGCCCUGUCUCCCUUCAUACUGGCGCAUGGAGAUAUCCUGGCGCAUAUCCGGACGCCAACUUCAACCUUUCGCACCUCAAAUCCUUUAUCAAGAAACUGGAAGGUGCCAAAUUCGACGCAUUCUUCAUGGCCGAUCAUCUUGCCGUGCUGAAUAUGCCAAUUGAAGCACUCAAGCGAAGCCACACGGUCACCUCUUUCGAGCCGUUUACUCUCCUCUCCGCUCUCUCGCAGGUCACGGACAAAAUCGGCCUGGCAGCAACAGCAUCAACAACCUACGACGAGCCAUAUCACAUUGCACGCCGCUUCGCAUCCCUUGACCAUAUUAGUAACGGCCGUGCAGCAUGGAAUAUUGUCACUACUGGAAAUCCAGAGUCAGCCAAGAAUUUCGGUCGAGACGAGCAUAUGGAUCACUCAGAUCGUUACAAGCGUGCACGAGAAUUCUACGAUGUUGUCACAGGUCUGUGGGACAGCUUUGCAGAUGAUGCAUUCGUUCGCGACGUUGAGUCAGGCACAUAUGUUGAUCCAGACAAGAUUCACGUCUUGAACCAUGCAGGAGACGAACUGAAGGUCAGAGGCCCACUCAAUAUCGCACGACCCGUUCAAGGCUGGCCUGUUAUUGUGCAAGCCGGUCAAUCCGAGCCUGGAAAGCAGCUUGCCGGAGAAACAGCCGAAGCAGUGUUCUGUUCUCCGAAAGACAUCGAAUCCGCAAAAGCAUUGUACGCCGACAUCAAAGGACGCGCGGUUGUUGCUGACCGCGAUCGCAAUCAUAUUAAGAUCCUGCCAGCUGCUUUCAUCGUUGUAGGCAACAGUGUCAAAGAUGCGCAAGAGAAACGACUUAAACUCGACAGCUCAGUUCACUACGACAGCGGCAUAGCUUCAUUGUCAAUCGCGCUCGGGACAGAUGCAUCCAAAUUUGAUCCGGACAAGCCACUCCCCGCUGACAUUCCUGAGACCAACGCCAGCAAGACAAGUCGUGCGGGGGUUUUGAAAGUGGCUGCAGAGGAAGGCUUAACAGUCAGACAGCUUGCACAGCGGCAAGGAGGGUAUUCCGGGCUUGCAUUCGUGGGGACACCUGAGAGCAUUGCAGAUAGCAUGCAGCUGUGGUUGAACGAAGAGGCGUGCGAUGGGUUCACGAUCGCAUUGCCGUUCUUGCCCGAAGGCCUAGACGAUGUGACUCAACGGUUGGUGCCUGAGUUGCAGCGACGUGGGAUCUUCCGAAAAGAUUACGAGGGAACAACGCUUCGGGAGCAUCUUGGUCUUCCACGGCCAAAGAAUCGUUUCUUCGAGUGA